GAAAGGGUUUUGUCAAAACCGGUAUACACGAUCGACCGGUUUGAUCGAUAGCGGUAGCGAAGUUCUCGUGCAUCCUCGUGGGGCACAUGUUCCGGCAAUUGCUGCAUUCACUUUCACCUAGCUUAGUACAGUCGGGACGACGGAGUUCGCUCGCUUGCAGCACAAACCUUGCUCUGUUUUCAACGCAAACCACCGCCAAGAUGUCCCUGGAGGAAGCAAAAAAGUGUGCCGCGUACAAGGCGGUCGAUGAGUACGUGAAGGAUAAUACCGUCGUUGGGGUCGGUUCGGGCUCAACCGUGGUGUACGCGGUGCACCGGAUAGCGGAGCGGGUGAAGGCGGAAGGACUGAAGCUGGUCUGCAUUCCGACGAGCUUCCAGGCCCGGCAGCUCAUCAUCGAGCACGGGCUGGUGCUUGGCGAUUUGGAGUGCAAUCCCCGGCUGGACUGUGCGAUCGAUGGGGCGGACGAGGUGGACGCCAAGAUGGUUCUGAUCAAGGGUGGCGGUGGAUGUUUGCUGCAGGAAAAAAUCGUCGCCUCCUGUGCCGACCGGCUGGUGGUGAUAGCGGACUACACGAAAGACUCGGCCAAGCUGGGCCAACAGUACCGUAAAGGCAUUCCGAUCGAGGUCGCACCGAUGGCUUACGUGCCGAUCAAGGGCAAGGUGGAGUCGCGGUUCGGCGGUACGCUCAAGCUGCGGAUGGCCGUCGCUAAGGCGGGCCCCGUCGUCACCGACAACGGUAACUUCAUACUGGACUGGAGCUUCCCGGCCGAUAAGGAGCACGACUGGGACGCUGUCAAUCGGGAGAUCAUGAUGAUACCGGGGGUCGUUGAUACGGGGCUAUUCGUUGGCAUGGCGACCAAGGCGUACUUUGGCCAACAGGAUGGUUCGGUCACGGAACGGAGCGCCUAAUCUUGUGUUGUGUCAUUUGAUUGCUUUUUUUUAUUAUUAUUCCUAUCUUGGAGUUUUUUUCUUCUUCGUUCAUAAUAAAUAGAAAUAAUAUACAAGAGCGAA